AUGACAGAUAAUAAUAUAUUUGGUAACACAAAAAAGUUCAAUGAUUCAAUCGAUAUUAUAAAUAAAUUAGAAACUCCAAGAUUUCAAAAGAUUUUAAUUAGAGUUUUAAAUAAAAAUGAAAGAAUUUUUACAGAACAAGAAGAAGGUAUAUUACAAAAUAUUUUUAAAUUAACAUCAUCAGAAUUCAAAGGAGUACUUGAAUGUUGCUCAUUUAUUUUCGAACAAACAGCAUAUUAUUCACUUUCACCAAAUAAUUUAUUAAACCAAUUAAAGAAAACCAAUUUAGAUGACGAUAAAGCCUCCUCAUUUCAAUCAACAUGGGAAGACAACUCUGAUGAGGUAUUAGGCUAUCUUAGAACCCAAUCUAUCUCACCAUUACAAUUAGAUGAAAUCGGUUGGAGACUUCACUAUCAAAUGUCAUCUUCAACAGCAAUUAAAAGACAAGCAAGCGCCAUUUUAUCUUUAGAUUUUAAAUCUGACACAAGUAAUAAUAAUAAUAACAGUAAUAAAAAGAAUAAUAUGAUUUUAGAAUUCAAUAAAGAACAAUUAUUAGAUUUUUAUAACAAAUUAGAAACAAUUCAAGAAAAAUUAGAUUCGUUAGCUUAG